AUGUUUUGCUCCCAUUUUAUUUUGCACGGUAACUCCUUGCUCUCUUUCUUACACUCUUUCUCUCUUUCUAACACUUCUUUCUCUCCUUCUUCUACUCCUUUACAUCCUUCUUCCACUCAUUUCUCUCCUCCUUUUCGCCGUUUUCUCUCCUCUAUUUUUCGCCUUUUUUCUCUCCUCUAUUUUUCGCCUUUUUUUCUCGCUUCUAUUUUUCACCUUUUUUUCUCUCCUCUAUUUUUCGCUUUCUUUCACCCUACCCUUCUCUCCUUCUUUUUCCUUACCCUUCUCUCCUUCUUUCUCCCUACCCUUCUCUCCUUCUUUCUCUCUUCCUGUCUCACUUUCUUCCUGUCUCACUUUCUUUUUCUCCGUGUCUCUCUUUCUCCCUCCCGCUCUCUUUCUCCCUCUCUCUCUUUCUCCCUCUCUCUCUUUCUCCUUCUAUUCCUUUCUUUUCUUCUUUCCCCUUUUCUUUAUCUCCUUCUUUCUCCCUUUCUUUAUCUCCUUCUUUCUCCCUUUCUUUAUCUCCUUCUUUCUCCCUUUCUUUAUCUCCUUCUUUCCACCUUUCUUUCUCCUUCUUUCCCCCUUUCUUUAUCUCUUUCUUUCCCUCUUUCUCUAUCUUCUUCUUUCCCCCUUUCUUUAUCUGCCAUGCUCUCUCUCUCUCCUACCACUAUCUCCCCAGCUUUCUCUCCUACCUUUAUCCUCCUCCUAUUCUUUCAUUCUGUUCUUUCCUUUUUCUCUCACUAUCUCUCUCUCUCUCUCUCUCUCUCUCUCUCUCCCAGAAAACUUUCUUACGUGUUUCAUCCUCUUUUUAAAAACUUGCGUUGUCUAAUAUUGAACGCUAUCAUCUCUCUAUUUCUCUCUAUCGUUCUCUCUACUUCUCUCUAUCGUUCUCUACUUCUAUCUAUCGUUCUAUUUCUUUCUAUCGUUCUCUACUUCUCUCUAUCGUUCUCUCUACUUCUCUCUAUCGUUCUCUACUUCUCUCUAUUGCUUUUUGUGUGA